AUGGCGGAGAAAAUAAAGAUAAGGGUCAGUUACAAGCAAACUGUCAACUUAGUAAAGGCAAUAAUCAACACAGCUAUGAUUUUCGGUUUAUGUUCAAUUGUUCUUGUUCGGGGAACUGUAGUGAAAUAUGAUGAUUUACAUGUUUCAAAUAUUUCUGGUACUGAGGAUCUCUUACUACUUAAUUUUCUCUUACAAAUGCAGGCAGAUCUGACAACCGUUUGGAAUAAUGUCCUGAGUCAAACUUACGAGGUGGGAGAAGAAUGCUUGAAAACAAACUAUUAUGGCGCUAAAAGAACGGCUGAAGCGCUUGUUCCCUUACUCCAGUUGUCUGACUGUCCAAGGAUUGUUAAUGUUUCCUCUACCAUGGGCAAGUUAAAGCAUAUAGCAAGCGAAAAGCUCAAAGGAGCAUUAAGGGAUGUUGAUACAGAAGAGAAAAUCGAUGGGUUACUCACUGAGUUUCUAAAGGAUUUCAAGGAGGGUUCAUUAGAAAGUAAAGGUUGGCCAACUUUACUCUCUGCGUAUACAGUCUCAAAAGCAGCUAUGAAUGCCUACACAAGGAUUCUGGCCACGAAGUAUCCAAACUUCUGCAUCAACUGUGUUUGCCCUGGUUUUGUCAAAACAGAUUUAAGCUUCAAUACUGGUCAGUUAACUGCUGAACAAGGUGCUGCAGUUCCUGUUAAGUUAGCACUCUUGCCUAAUGGUGGUCCUUCUGGCCUUUUUUUCCUUCAUGGUGAACCUGCAUCGUUUGAAUGAGACUAUUGAUAUAACAUUGAAAUCCCAUCAGAGAAUGAAACUAAUAAAAUGGGAACUUUGUUCACAGGUUCUUUUCAUCAUCAAGUACGAUAAGAAUGCUUUGGAUAUGCUAAUGGUGUAAUUUUUCUUUGCAAAAU